UCUGAUUUUCACGUCAAAAGAGUAGCAUGGCAUAUGCAUUCCUUUUUAUGAGGCUUGUAUAAAAUGUAUAUACUUUGUUAAGGAUUUCUCUAUUGGGCUUUAUGCUCACCCCUAUGGGAUUUUGCUGCAGGGAAAGAUGUGGUGAAUCAGCCAAACUAGGACGUGGAUGUAUGUAUUGAGAGCACAAGGCUCUAUUUUGUUAUGACCAUAUUAUUUAUUUAUUUUUUUGUAAGCCAAGGGCUAUAUAUGUAUGGGUUCAAGAAACCAUAUUUUGUGUAACCAGGCUUAAGCCUUGAAACAUGUAAGCCCCUUGAGGGCAUUUUAUUUAUUUUUGGAUUUUACGUUCUACAUGCUAUAGAUUCAUGUAUUUCAUAUCAUUGAAUGUAUAAUUUGCAUAUGGGACUAUUUUGUACAAACUUUAAUGAUCAAUGUUAUGAUGAUUUGGGAAUUGCUAUUAUUCUAUAAUAAAUGUUAGUUGAUGUACCUAGAUUAUGUUGGAGAAAUUUUGAGGCGUUACAACUUGGUAUCAGAGCUACCGGGUUUGAAUAAUUAAGGCUCGCGGGGAGUGGUUGUUAGACCACAAUGGGUUCAUUUCGCAUGAGUAGGAGAUGUUUUGUAUUUUGUGACUAUAUGAUAACAUGCUUACAUGACUAGAUACGUAUGGGAUUGGACUUUUGGGAUGUUUGCGCCUGUUAAAUUCCUUGAGGUCUUAUUAGAAUGGUACUUUAUCAAUACUCAUUCUACGAAGAAUUCUUGGUCUUUCAUGGGACGAAUUCGAUCACAAAAGGAUAAUCCGUAUGUGCUUACGUGACUAAGUGCUUAUGUAGAGUGGAAUUGAAUUGUUUAUAUGAUAGAAAAUAUAUUAAAUUGUUGUGGUCAAACGUGUGAGAGAGAUCGCAGGCACAUUUGAGAUUAUGUGCUGAAUUGUUUAUCUUGUUCCUUAAUUAGUAUGCCAGGAAGGGUUCAAACCCGUAGUGUUAGAGGUGGAAGGCGUUGUAGGGCUCGCAGGGGUGUGCAUGGAGUACCGGCCCAUGAGGUUCCGGUGCAACAGGAGGCGUUGGGCCAAGCUAAUGUGCCGAGCAAGUGGGACAAGCAGAAUUUCUGGGACAAGCGGGUCAAGCCGCAAUUGGAGCCCUAGCCCAAAAAAUGGCGGGGGCCUUGAGGAAGUCGAUGAAUAUAUUGAGGGCGGAGAACCAAUCUAGAGAGAACGCCGUAGCGACGAGGGCGAGCUUUCUCACUAGGGAGUUUUUACGGGCCAAACCAGAUGAGUUCCAUAGUGGCCCCGAGCCUAAGAAGGCGGAUGAGUGGCUCGAGCAAACGGUGAAGACAUUUGAGAUGCUUCACAUUGAAGACAGUGAGCUAAGAGUGACUCUUACGAGUUACUAUCUCAAAGGAGAUACGAACCAAUGGUGGAAGUACGCCAAGGGUCAAGUAGAGCCGACGUGGGAAGCAUUUAUGGUGGCUUUCCAAGAUAAAUAUUUACCUCCCACUGUUAGGGAGAGGUUGAGGCAAGAAUUUCAAGAUCUCAAACAACUUAAUAUGUCCGUGGCCGAGUUUGAAGCGGCCUUCUCUAGUUUGUCCCGGUUUGCACCGAAGUUGGUGGCAACGGAAGAACACCGUUGCAUUGAAAUUGAGAAGAAGUUGAGAACCAAGAUCUUGUUCAAGGUUGCUGGAAAUAUGAUCCGGAACUAUGACUGUCUUGUGGAAGUGACGGCACACGUAGAGAUUACCGUGGAGGCCGAGGAGAAGAGAAUUCGGGGUUCAAGGUCUAGGGGUCGAGGGUCAUACAGGGACUACAGACCCAACAAGAAGAGCAGGAGCACUUUUCCAAGUCAGUCUCAACCGCAGCAGUCUAGAUCCACCUUCCCUUUGCCUAGUGCAGGCCUGGGGAAGAGUGCACCGAGUGGUUUUUCCUGUUUUAAGUGUGGCCAACCAGGUCACAAAAUCAAAUGUAUCACAAUUGAAAAGUUAGGGACUAAAAUGACACAAAUCCCAAACUACAGGGACUCUGUGUGAUUCAUCCAAAUUAAUCACCAACAAACAAUCAUCCACCAAAAAAAUUUUUAGCAGGGAAAUUAUAUGCAACAUAAAUGACUUGUUUGGCAAUUCCUGUGCACCCAUUUUUAUUUUUAAUUAUUGUGUUUUGGAUUUCUCUCACUCAAAAUACAUUUCUAAAAUGUGAAGCUCUCCACACAAACACUAAUUACCUACUUCCAAUUACAAUCUAUAGACUCUAUAGCAUAAUAAUUGCACCAUUUAUUAGUUUUAAAUACAUACAGCCACUUUAACUAGUACCACAAUAUUGGACCAUUACAUAUAUCCAAACACAAAAUGAAUACAACAAAAGACAAUACUACAACAAACUCUUAUUAGGUUGGUUUGCAGUUCUUCUCGCCUAGAUCAUCAUGGCUGGAAUAUUUGCUCUUUUAACUAUGCUUUUUUUGGCUUCCCUUCUGACUGAAGCCUCUGCCCAUGUCCUAGCAUUAUACGUAUUUGAGGACGCAAUCGUUGAUGGAGGAAACACGCAGCCAACUCCACCACAUGGCAUUGAUCUUAACACAACAAUAUCCAUUCGCUGGACCAAUGAAAAAUUAAUGCUGAUUUCAUUGCAAGCUUCCUGGGAUUGCCAUUUCUUCCACCUUCCACAGAUACUUCAGGAUUGGAAAUAUCCAAAACUGAUGUAAACUAUGGACAGGUUGGUUGUGGUUUAUUGCACCGAACUGGCCCUGUAAUAUAAAUAACAACUUUUUUUUGUUCGAAUUAUUUUACUUCUCUAUAAAUAUACAUGGUGAUUGUAUCAAUUUUGAUUUUAAAUUUAAUUUUAAUUUUUGCAGAAGAAUUGUUCUUUUGAAGAUCAGAUAGACCAAUUUAAUUUAACUGUGUCAAAUGAUCUUACAAAAGCAUUCAACGAACAAGAACUUGUCGACAAGUUCUGUUUUUCUUGUUUCAUUGGGAAUAAAUGACUACUCCUUCAACUAUCUGUCCUCUAUAAACGUACAUGCUGAUUGUAUAAAUUUUAAUAGUAAUUUUUGCAGAAGAAUUAUUCUUUUGAAUAUCAGAUCGGCCAAUUUAAUUUAACCGUGGCAAAUGAUCUUACAAAAGCAUUCAACAAACAAGAACUUGUCCAACAUUUGACAAAUUCUGUUUUUCUUGUUUCAUUUGGCAUAAAUGACGACUCCUUCAACUAUAUGUCCUCUAUAAAUAUAUAUGGUGAUUGCAUCAAUUUUGAUUUUAAUUUUGAUUUUUGCAGAAGAAUUGUUCUUUUGAAGAUCAGAUCGACCAAUUUAAUUUAAUUGUGGCAAAUGAUCUUACAAAAGCAUUCAAUGAACAAGAACUUGUCCAACAUUUGACAAGUUCUAUUUUUCUUGUUUCAUUUGGCAUAAAUGACUACUCCUUCAACGAUCUGUCCUCUAUAAAUGUACAUGGUUAUUGUAUCAAUUUUGAUUUUAAUUUUAAUUUUUGCAAAAGAAUUGUUCUUUUGAAGAUCAGAUCGGCCAAUUUAAUUUAAUUGUGGCAAAUGAUCUUACAAAAACAUUCAACGAACAAGAACUUGUCCAACAUUUGACAAGUUCUAUUUUUCUUGUUUCAUUUGGCAUAAAUGACUACUCCUCCAAUGAUCUGUCCUCUAUAAAUGUACAUGGUUAUUGUAUCAAUUUUGAUUUUAAUUUUAAGUUUUGCAGAAGAAUUGUUCUUUCGAAGAUCAGAUCGGCCAAUUUAAUUUAACUGUGGCAAAUGAUCUUACAAAAGCAUUCAACGAACAAGAACUUGUCCAACAUUUGACAAGUUCUGUUUUUCUUGUUUCAUUUGGCAUAAAUGACUACUCCCCCAACUAUCUGUCCUCUGGGGUUGUGAGCAAAAUGGCACCCCAAGAAUUCGCAAAAAUGCUUCUAAAUGAAAUGUCGAUGGCUUUGAAGGUAAAAAGUUAGUGAGUUUCAAAUUUUCUCUAGUGUUUGGAGUACGUAGUAUGAAGAUAUGUUAACAAAAAUGCCAGGUUUUGUAGACAUUGUAUAGAUUGAGUGCUAGGAAAUUUGUAGUUAAGAACAUUUGGCCGUUAUGGCGCACACCAAACUUCGUCAAUCAGACCCUCGGGCAGUUUCUUGCAAUGAAACUAUCAACUAGCUGAUCAUUCCUUAUAGUAACAGUCUUCCUAGCAUGCUGAAUGAUUUACAAUUUUAUCUUACUGGUGAUGCCUUGUCACACUCAAACGAUUUCCUGUUCGUGACAGACUUGAUGCAGAAUUCGGGAAAAUAUGGGUAUGGAAAACUACUCUUAAACUAUGACAUUUAGAAGCUUCAUGUUUUCACACAAAAUGUUGUUUCAUAUGAGUGCAGUACAAACUCCAUUAUUAUUUUUUUUUAAUGGAAUGAGUAGUUUUUUGUUUUAAAAAAUCUCAAUCAUAACUAAUGUGGCCAAUAUUAUGUUUAGUUUGCUUGAUAAGGUGAAGGUGGGCUAUUAGCCAACCGAAUCUGGUUAUGAACUUGAGGCCUAAUAAUUGGGUCAUUUUUUGUUCUAAACAUAAUAUUGGCCACAUUAAUUAUGAUUGAGAUUUUUUAAAACAAAAAACUACUCAUUCCAUUAAAAAAAAA